AUGAUUUAUGUGUCUUCUGACUCUUUUUUUGUCUUCUGGCGACCUGGGAGUAACCAAAAUAUACUUACCUUUUACAGAGCUAUGAAGCUAUGGUCCACGUGGAUUACACUUCUUAUUCUUACAUUCUUCUGCUCAGAAUGUAAUGCAAAAAGAGGUGGAAGAGGAGGUGGAGGAUCAUCAGCUAUGGGAAAACAUUAUUCAAGGAGUAAAUCAUAUUUUACUAGAAAAUAUUCCAAACCGGGAUCCAUAGAGCAUACUUCAAGUUUCCGUUCAUUUGUAUUUGGAGCAACAUCCGGUUUACUCAUGUUCAAUGCAGGAAGACAUAUCAUUCAAGACUCUUCAGAACCUAUUUCAUUUGGAAAUAGGAAAUAUUUCUGGGGUGAAUCAAAGUACGUGCCGGACGAAGAACUUCCUGUUCAGUGUAUCAACAAGAUUGAUCCACAAGAUCCACAGUUUGGAAAGGUAUUCUUCGAUAACGAGUCUCGUCCUCAAGAGAUUGUUUAUGCUUGUCCAGCUGAUAACAAUUGUUGUGGAUAUGAUUGCUGUUCUAAUUCGACAAUUUUCACUUCAAUAUUCAGUCUCCUGGUCAUCUUGCUGAUUGUCUCCGUUCUAAGUAUUUUUGUAAUCGAGUGCGUUCGUUGGUGUCUUCAUUGUACGUACUUCUGCAAACAUGGACACGGUCGGGAUUUCGAACCUCUUAGUAUAUAAUUUUAAUCGUUUUCUAAUUUUUUUCUAAAUUCUAAUUUUCAAAUACCUUGUGCCUUUUCCCACUUAAAAUAUUACGGUAAUUAUGUAUUGUCUAUCAAAAAAUCUUUCUUUCCAUCCCACCCAAAUUCACUUGUUCUUGAAACGCCUGCGAUACAUUCAAAUUUACUUUCGUGUUCACAUUUCUGUCUCUUUUUGCCAGUUUCAUGAUUUACGGGUUUUGUUUCUGCAUACAAUUUUGUUGAAUAAAAAAAAGUUGAAAA